AUGUCGCUGCUGGAGGACAUGAUCCUGGAGAACAUCAGCUGGGCUGCUGAGGGAGCCCAGGGCAACGAAUCCUCUGAACACACAUUUUUCUCUCUGGAUUAUCAGCAUGUUCAAGUCCCCUUUGAAAUCACGCUCUGGAUCAUGCUUGCAUCCUUGGCCAAAAUAGGGUUUCAUCUCUAUAACAAGCUACCUUCUGUCGUUCCCGAAAGCUGUUUAUUGAUAUUCGUAGGACUCAUCAUGGGAGGAAUCAUCUACGGUUUAAACGACAAGUCACCACCUGUUAUGGACAGUGACAUCUUUUUCCUUUACCUGCUGCCACCCAUCGUCCUUGACGCGGGGUACUUCAUGCCCAGCCGCCCCUUUUUUGAGAACAUCGGCACUAUCCUCCUCUACGCGGUGGUGGGGACGAUAUGGAACGUGUUUGGGAUCGGCUUUUCCCUCUAUGGGAUCUGCCAGGUGAAAGCUUUUCACCUGCAGGACGUGUCGUUGCUCCACAACCUCCUGUUUGGCAGUCUGAUCGCCGCCGUGGAUCCCGUGGCCGUGUUAGCAGUCUUUGAAGAGAUACACGUCAACGAAAAGCUCCACAUUUUGGUCUUUGGUGAAUCGCUCCUGAAUGACGCGGUGACGGUG